AUGUCACCACUUUUUCAAGCACCCUUAGAGGUGCCAGUUUUGAUCGUUGGAGGGGGUCCAUCAGGUCUUCUUCUGGCCUUUCUGCUUGCUCAACUGAAUGUUCCGUCUUUGAUAACUGAACGUUAUCCAACUAGACUAGCAGCCCCCAAGGCACAUGCUCUUUCGCCCCGAUCUCUUGAAUUUUGUCGCCAAGCGGGGUUGGAUGUGAAUGAAAUUCGCAAGAUUGGUAGCCCUCGUCAGGAUGCCUAUUGGGUAAACUUUGUUACAAGUUUGGCUGGUAAGCAGGUCGGGCGUCUGCCCUACGAGCGCAUGGAUCAUGAAGUCCUCCGUGAUACUCCAACGAUGAUCCACAACAUUCCACAGCCGGCAUUUGAGGAGCUCAUUGCCAAACGACUAUCGAAGAGAAAUCUGGUGGAAAUUCGUAAGAACCACUCGUUCGUGAGCCUGGAGCAGAGGGAUGGAUACGUUGUGACUACAAUCGAAGAUCGCGAGUCUCAAAAGGAGUACCAAAUCAAAUCCCAAUAUGUUAUUGGAUGCGAUGGCGCCAAAAGCGCCGUUCGAAAGUAUCUUGGCAUAUCGAGUGACGGGGAAGAAACUUGUGAAACUAUGAUGACAAUCCAUUUCAAUGCCGACUUGAAACCCGUGAUCAAGGACAAAGUUGGUAUGCUGCACUGGAUCAUGGACCCAUUGGUCUCUGGGUUUAUCAUUGGGUAUAAUUUGUCGGGGAAUCAAGUAUUGAUCUGCAACUUCGAUUCCGAAAAAUAUCCCGUGGAGUCCUGGGACGAAAAGCACUGUCGCGAGGUCAUCGAUGCAGCUAUUGGAGUCAAACUACCCUAUGAUGUGCUGAGUUAUCGGCCAUGGAUUCUUAGCCAGAAAGUAGCCCAAUCUUACCGCAUGGGUCAGGUCUUCCUUGCUGGAGAUGCCGCUCAUUCAUUCCCACCUACAGGUGGCCUUGGCCUGAACUCGGGACUAGGCGAUGUCCACAAUCUGGCGUACAAGCUUGCCGCAGUCCUUCAUGGUUGGGGUGGUGAUGGUCUUCUCGACACCUACCAAUCCGAACGCCAACAAGUGGCCCAUGUCAACUCCAACCAGAGUGUUAAGAAUGGCAAAAAAAUCUUUGGUCUUCUCAAGGCAUUGGGUACGACUAAUCCUGAUGUGACCAUUGCCAGACAAAAUCUCUACCACAACAUCCAGGACCCGGAAGCCAUGGUCGAGAUCAACAAAGGAAUCGAAGGCCAACGGGAACAUUUCGAUAACCUCGGGCUACACAUUGGAUACGUAUAUGGCGAUACGGAAAUUCCCUCCAAUGUGUCCGUCUAUCAACCUUCGUGUGUGCCCGGUGCUCGACUUCCACAUGCAUGGAUCAAGGUCGCUCCAGGGCAACUACCACUUCCUGCGAUAGACUGCAGCUAUGUAAAGGAGUUUACCCGAGAAGAGAUCUCCGAGAAACAAUAUUCGACUCUGGAUUUGUGCCAUCUUGAUACAUUCACUCUGAUUGUUGAUAAGAUCAAUGCAUCUAAAUUCCACUUGAUGGUGAAAGAAGCAUUUGCGACUUUGCCCGCAGACAUCCAAAAGAUCUUACCUCUGACAGUGAUAGUACUGGGCACCGACUUUGAACUGCAAGCAGGAGUGGAGAAUCUACAGUGGACUGAUUUGAUGGGAUUGAAGAUUCAAGGUGUUCUUGUUCGCCCAGAUCAGCAUAUCCUAUCUUGCAUUCCAAGCACGGCAGGGCCAGAUGAGUUAUUGCAUGCCUUGAGAGGGCAUCUUGGAUGGUCCGAGGGAGGAGACUAA